UGCUAAUUGAGCAGCUGACCUACUUUGCCUUUGUCCACCGACAGUUAUUAAUAAUGUGACAGAAGAUGGGGGACUGGAACUUGUUGGGGAGUAUUUUGGAAGAGGUCCACAUCCAUUCCACCAUCGUCGGAAAGAUCUGGCUCACCAUCCUCUUCAUCUUCCGCAUGCUCGUGCUGGGCGUUGCGGCCGAAGACGUCUGGGAUGACGAGCAGAGCGAAUUCGUCUGCAACACGGAGCAGCCGGGCUGCAAGAACGUCUGCUACGACCAGGCUUUCCCCAUCUCCCUCAUCCGAUACUGGGUCCUGCAGAUCAUCUUCGUGUCCUCCCCCUCGCUGGUCUACAUGGGCCAUGCUCUGUACCGUCUGAGGACCUUGGACAAGGAGAGACAUCGCAAGAAAGCCUGUCUGAAAGCAGAGCUGGAGAUAACCGACCCCGUCCAGGAGGAGCAUAAGAGAAUCGAGCGGGAGCUCCGGAAGCUGGACGAACAGAAGCGAGUGAGGAAAGCCCCCCUCAGAGGCUCUCUGCUGCGGACUUAUGUUUUCCAUAUCUUGACCAGGUCGGUGGUGGAGGUGGGCUUCAUCAUCGGCCAGUGCGCUCUGUAUGGCAUCGGACUCUCGCCUCUGUACAAGUGUGAACGGUUGCCUUGUCCCAACAGCGUGGACUGUUUUGUGUCCAGGCCAACAGAGAAGAACAUUUUCAUGGUUUUCAUGCUGGUUAUCGCCGGGGUUUCCUUAUUCCUCAACCUGCUGGAGAUCUUCCAUCUGGGCGUGAAGAAGAUCAAGCAGGGUCUGUAUGGAUACAAGUAUGGAGACGACGACAGCGUGUGUCGCUCCAAGAAGAACUCCAUGGCGCAGCAGGUGUGUUUGCUGACCAACUCCUCGCCCCAGAGGCUGCUUCAGCUCACUCAGAUGCCCUGCUCCGUCCUGUCCGAGGGACACGUGGACACUUUGGCUUUGGCCCCUCCGAAUCAGGAGAGCUCCAACCAGAACGCCGCCCUGCACGCCCAGACCGACAUCCAGGGUCUGCAGCAGCUGGGGGCGGUGGAGCGGCGCCACACUCUGGACCACAGGAAGCCCUCGUGCAGCAGCGACGAGUCCGCCGGGCUCAACGGGCCGGGGAAGGCGCACUACCGCGCCGGGCCGCGGCCCACGCUCACGGCCGGACACAUGGAGAUCCCGGCGGCCCUGAGGAACCCGCAGAGGAAGCAGAGCAGGGUGAGCAUCUGCAAGGAGCUCAGCGACACCAGCGACUCCCCGGAGAGCGACCACUUCCCCACCGCCAGGAAGUGCAGCUUCAUGUCCCGCGGCCUGUCGGAGGGCAAGCUGGCCAGUCCGUCCGACAGCGCAGACUCCCAGAGCGGAACCGACAUGGAGACCCAGCACCUCAACCAGGGCGAGAGUCCCGUCAUGACCCCCCCACCGCCAGCCAGCGGGAGGAGGAUGUCCAUGGUAAGAAAACCGUCAGAAGCUUCAUUCCAGCAGGUCUUCUGUCCUACGUGGAAGCUGCCAUGUGAAGCUGUGAAGUAA